AUGCGUUCCAGACAAAGAGAGCAACAGUAUCUGGAUAGAGAUGCUCCUCGUUUUGGAGAACUGAGCAAGUUGCUGCCAGUGUUUCUAGUGGUGGUGACCAUCGUCUUCUUGUACGUGCAGUAUUUAUUUCUGCAUUGCUUACGAUUGCUUCAAUGGGAUCUACCAGACAUACUACGCAAUGCUGUGCAGAUUUCGCGGGGAUCCUGGCAGCUGGGGGUCUUCCACGUUGUGACUUUGAUGCUUCUCUACUGCCUGCUGAGGUGUUUGCUGACCUUCCCUGGCACCAUUCCAGAUGGUCAGGGCUGGGAACUUCAAACGGAGUCAACGACAUCUCCAGUGGAUGGGGAAAUGAAGUCGGUGCAGAUCACUGAAAAGGAAACGACCGGCGAAAGAAGACACUGCAAAUGGUGUUUGAAAUACAAGCCCGACAGGUGUCAUCAUUGCAGGGUUUGCAAUAUUUGUGUGCUCCGGAUGGAUCACCACUGCCCGUGGGUUUACAACUGCAUUGGGUUUCGGAACCACAAGUACUUCAUCCUGCUGCUGAUCUACUCUGCGAUAGACUUGAUCUUCAUCACGGUCACAAUGUUCGAGUCUGUCUGGUGGUCCACACGCAUUGAUGUGAGCCCUGCACUCAUGCUGUCCUUGCUCUUCGCAGAGUGCUUUGCCUGCUUCCUGUGCACGGUGAACUGUCUCUUCUUGGGCUUCCAUGGAUGGCUUACGGUGAACGCAAUGACCACCCUAGAGUUUUGCGAGAAGUCUAUGAAGAUGGCUGGCUAUGAUUCCUCUAUUUACUCGAAGGGUGUGUAUGAGAACAUCUGCGCUGUGCUGGGUCCAAAGCCACUCUUUUGGUUCUUGCCCUGCAGCCUUCCGAAGGGUGACGGUUUGACUUGGCGAGAUGGUGAGGAUUGA